CUCCCCCUUUACACACACACACAAAACACACAGUAUUCAUUUUCCCCAGAUCUGCAUACUCUCUCUGUGGGCAGAUUUUGUAAUUUGUUAAGAUGGGAGGAGGUUUUAGAGUGCUGCAUUUGGUUAGGCCAUUUCUUUCGUUUUUGCCGGAGGUACAAAGUGCUGACAGGAAGGUUCCAUUUAGAGAGAAGGUGAUAUAUACUGUGAUCUCUCUCUUCAUUUUUCUGGUGUGCAGUCAACUUCCUUUGUAUGGCAUACAUUCUACUACUGGAGCAGAUCCUUUCUAUUGGAUGCGUGUGAUUUUGGCUUCGAACUGUGGGACUGUCAUGGAGUUGGGUAUCACAUCAAUUGUGACAUCAGGACUAGUGAUGCAACUAUUGGCUGGGUCAAAAAUAAUUGAAGUGGACAACAACGUUCGCGAGGAUCGUGCACUCCUAAAUGGAGCUCAGAAGUUGCUCGGAAUCUUGAUUGCUGUUGGUGAAGCUGUCGCGUAUGUUCUUUCUGGAAUGUAUGGCAGUGUUGGUCAGCUUGGAGUUGGUAAUGCUAUUCUCAUUAUAGUUCAGCUGUGCUUUGCCGGUAUCAUAGUGAUAUGCUUAGACGAGCUUCUUCAGAAGGGAUAUGGUCUCGGAUCUGGAAUAUCUCUGUUCAUAGCUACCAAUAUCUGUGAAAGUAUUAUCUGGAAAGCAUUUAGCCCUACAACUAUCAACAGCGGACGUGGUGCUGAAUUUGAGGGUGCAGUUAUUGCCUUGUUCCACUUGCUAAUAACCAGGACGGACAAAGUUCGAGCACUUCGGGAAGCAUUUUAUCGGCAAAAUCUUCCUAAUGUGACAAAUCUUCUUGCUACUGUUUUGAUCUUCCUCAUUGUGAUAUAUUUCCAAGGCUUCCGUGUGGUAUUGCCUGUGAGAUCAAAGAAUGCUCGUGGACAACAGGGAUCCUACCCAAUAAAGCUGUUCUAUACUUCCAACAUGCCUAUCAUUCUUCAGUCCGCCCUCGUGUCCAACCUUUAUUUCAUAUCUCAGUUGCUGUACAGGAAGUACAGUGGAAAUUUCUUGGUUAAUCUGUUGGGCAAGUGGCAGGAAUCUGAAUAUUCAGGUCAAUCGGUACCAGUUGGUGGUCUUGCUUACUAUGUGACUACACCAUCAAGCUUAGCUGACAUGGCAGCCAAUCCUUUCCACGCUCUUUUCUAUAUAGUGUUCAUGCUGUCAGCUUGUGCACUUUUCUCUAAAACGUGGAUUGAGGUUUCUGGAUCCUCUGCAAGAGAUGUUGCUAAACAGCUCAAGGAGCAACAAAUGGUUAUGCCCGGACACCGUGAUUCAAACUUACAGAAGGAACUCAACCGCUAUAUUCCAACAGCAGCUGCCUUUGGAGGAAUCUGUAUCGGUGCAUUAACAGUGUUGGCUGACUUCAUGGGAGCUAUUGGCUCUGGGACCGGAAUUUUGCUAGCAGUUACAAUCAUAUACCAGUAUUUUGAGACAUUUGAGAAGGAGAAAGCCAGCGAAUUAGGUUUGUUUGGCUUCUAAUUGCCUUGUUCCUGGUUUAGACAUUAGUUUGCCAGACAAGAAUGUUUAGGUUGCCAUUUCAUUUGAUCGGAGGGGUUGAUUGAUUGGGCACACCCUUGUAACAUUCCAUGGCUUGACAAUUAGAAGUGAGGUUGUCAAAUCCUAGGGAAAGCAUUGACCUUUCUUGUUAUAAUACUUUGUCGAGCUUUUAAGUUUUAGAGGUGAAACCUACAAAUUCAGUAAAGAGAUGGUUCUAUAAGUUACUUUUGUACUACCACAAUUUUAAAAUGAGAAAGUUUUUGGGUGUUA